GUGGUGUAGGGUGUAGGCUGUGAAACUCAAAGGGAAGCUAAAGAGUCAAAGUGGAGGUAAACAGAAAGCUGCUUUGAAGAAAAUUAACUCCAAACGGUACAUUGAGGCGGUUUCAGUACAAACAGGUCGAAGAGGCUGGAGGCCUGGAUGUGGUCGUCAUGGUGAAGGAUGUUCCGGAAAGUCAAAAAGCGCCACAGCAGCAGCAGCUCGCAAAGCAGUGAGAUCAGCACCAAAAGCAAAUCUGUGGACUCCAGUUUGGGGGGACUCUCCAGAUCCAGCACCGUCGCCAGCCUCGACACAGACUCCACCAAAAGCUCAGGUAACAGCACGUCUGAAGCGUGUGCUGAGUUCAGGGUGAAGUAUGUGGGAGCCAUUGAGAAGUUACAGUUUGACAUGAGCAAGACCCUCCAGGAGCCUCUGGAACUCAUCAACUACAUUGAUGCUGCCCAACAAGACGGAAAGCUGCCCUUCGUACCCGGAGACGAAGAGAUGAUUCUGGGGGUGUCGAAGUACGGAGUCAAAGUGGCCUCACUGGACCAGUGUGAUGUGCUGCACCGCCACCCUCUGUACCUGAUAGUGCGUAUGCUGUGUUACGAUGACGGCCUGGGCGCGGGGAAGAACCUCCUGGCUCUCAAAACCACCGAUGCAAAGCAAGAGGAGUGCAGUAUCUGGGUGUACCAGUGCAGCAGCUCGGAGCACGCUCAGUCCAUCUGCAAGGUGCUGUCGGCUUCUUUUGACUGCGCUCUGACGUCAAACAAGUCCUGAGGGCCAGAGAGGCAGACGGGAGAGCUGAGAGCUGUCUAGAGAAGACAAAUGAAACAACUGCAAAACCGUUAACAGUAAAUCAGGAGAAAACCUCGACUGCAUUGUGUAAAUUUGUAAUUGCAUUCGUAAUCAUUUCCCUUUUUUUCCCCCUACAACUUUUCUUCAAGAGAGAUUAAGUGGAGGACGAAUCCUGUGUGUUUUCCAUGUUAGUUUACAGGAAAACAUGAUUCAAGCCCUUUUGUAUUGAUGGUGCCGCGCCUGGUUUGGGAUUCAUACCAUCACCUUCCCAUCAUUCUCCAGUUGAGACACAACUACUGUGAAGAAGUCUGAAUCAUUUCAUGGGAAAUAGUUUUCGUUUACCUCACGUGUCCCUUUGACCUUUCAGCCAAAAGAAGAAAAGUGUAGAAAAAAGGGAAAUGGUUGUAUUAUUUUUACAGCCUUGACAUGUAAAUGAAUCAUAUUUAAUGUAAAUUAUGGUACAAAAAGGUACAUUAAUGUUGUGACCCAUCUCUACUCGGCUGUGUCCGCAUUCAGUAAUUUAUGGGAGUCGUUCAUCGGUGGAGGAAUGAUACGGUACACAGAUUUGACAACAUGAACGCGGUUUAGUUCUCUUCAUGUGGAAAACCAAUCAGAUUUCCUUUUAAGUUCAGAGUUAAUGUUUGUGUGUUUUUCUGAGACAGUAUUGGUACAUUAGUCACUUUUUGACUUAAAGGUACGUUAUACACAAUGUUUUAACUGUGGGCCACAAGCUAUAUCUCGUCUUAAUUUGUUGAAUUUACUUAUUUUUAAUGACUUUUUAUUGUGUCUUGUUUUGAAUUUUAUUAUACUGCAACUUUCUUGGUACCUUGUUUUCUGAUUUGUUAAGUCCUUUGUUUUCAUGUAGUGGUUAAAAUGCAUUAAAUCCAUUAGACUUGCACAAACCACAUAAAUCCUAACAGGCUGUUAGAAGCUUUGGAAGGAUGUUAAGAGGAAAUAUGUGUUUCCAGUCGUGGUACUAACUUGACUUCCCUCGUUACAUAACGAUAGCCCUUUUUCCUCUUCUCCUUUUCAACAUGGUGCAGUUAACAUUAAGUUGAAAAUGUACAAUGAAAUCAUUUUAUCUGGUGUCAUAAAAGGAGUGGAUGGGUUUUGUUUUGGAUAAUGGAUUCACUGAUUAAAGUGUAUUUUCUUUUUC